AUGUCAACUUGGAGACCAAGAUAUUACGACAUUGGAGUCAACUUCUCCGAUGGAAUGUUUCAGGGCCGUUAUCAUGGGUCUCAUGGGGCAAAACAUCCUUGUGAUAUCAAUCAAGUUAUUGAACGCGCUCAUUUAUUCAAUGUUGAUAAGAUGCUAAUCACUGCUUCUAACAUACAAGAAAGUGAGGACCAUUUUGCUCUUUGUGAACAAUAUUCCAAUAAUUUCGAUUCCACUACUGGUGUACAUCCUUGUACUGUAGCUCAAGAAUUCUAUAUCAAGGAUGAUAAUGGGAAUUAUACCGAUACCUUAAGAGAAGAUGUUGAUGAGAAAUUGACCAGAUUGAAAGAAAUUGCAAUUAAAGGUUAUGAAUUGGGACAUGUAAAAGCAUUUGGUGAAAUUGGGUUAGAUUAUGAUCGAUUACAUUAUUCCAAUAAACAUCAACAAUGUGAAAUGUUUAAAAGACAACUUGAUGUUCAUGCAGAAUUGAAACAUUUACAAUUACCUUUAUUUUUACAUAUGAGAGCAGCAUGUGAUGAUUUCAUCUCAAUUCUAAAACCAUAUAUUGAAAAUGGAUCCAUUAUUAAAGGAAAUGGAGUCGUUCAUUCAUUCACGGGAACAGAAGAUGAAUUAGCCAAAAUAUUGGAUUUAGGAUUUUAUAUUGGAAUAAAUGGUUGUUCACUUAAAACAGAAGAAAACUUAAUUGUAGCAUCCAAGAUCCCAAUUGAUCGAUUAUUAAUUGAAACUGAUGCACCUUGGUGUGAAAUUCGUAAAAGUCAUGCCAGUUAUAAAUAUAUAACUCCAUAUCCUAAUAAAUUUUAUCCUGAAAUCAAACCAAUCCAUGAAAAUUCACCUCAACCAGAAUCAGAAGUAGUAACCGCUUCAAAAAGAUCUAAAUCGGAAAACAAUGGACCUGUGUUUAAGCUUGAUGUCAACCUUCCAUUCCCAUCAAUUAAGAAGGAAUAUUAUGGAAAACAUAAAGAAUUCACUCAAAAACAAAAAGAGAAUUCAGCAAGACCAGAAUUAGUAGAGACGAGAUUUGGUCCAUUAGCUCAUCCAUUAUUUAAAUCUAGAAAUGAACCGGUUUAUGUUGGAUUUGUGGCAGAAAUCCUUUGUGAAUUACAUGGAAUCAAAGAUGAAAAAGAAAUUGAAUCGUUUAUUGAUUUGAUAUUUGAAAAUUCUUGUAAAUUGUUUAAAACUAAUUAUUAA